CAGCAGCCUGCCAUGCACACUUAUUCAGUCACUCUGAAUGUGCACUUUGGUUCACCAGAAGCGUCUCUGUACAGCCACACGCGUACCUGAGUCAACCGUGAAUGCAGCAUUUGGACUGUUAUCAUUAUCAUAUCUCAAGAAAGCCCGUUGAGUAUUUUCAACUGACAUAUGGAGCUCAUCGGAUCCACGCAGACGGCCACAUACGCACGGCCCAAGAUCAGCAACUUCUUACCAGCCAUUUCCACUAUGGCAUCCAGUUAUAAGAAUUUUCAACCAGCCCUGACCGCCAACCAGAAUGCCAACACGCCCUGGAGGACUAACACCUACUUCAGGACCGGAAGUGCUAUUCCUUCCAUCAUGUCCAUCUCCCAGAGGGACAACCUAGAGCUGGUCCGGGCCAAUACUAUGUUCUAUCCAUCCAACAGAACAGCACUGAAUACCCGUUAUACACCAGAUGACUGGUUUAAAUCCAACUACAGCAACUAUCGAGAAUCGGAGUCGUCUAGGAACAGUGCGGAGAGGCUGCGGAGGGACACGAUCAGGCUGAUUCAGGAUAGAGAGCAGUUGACCCGCAGGACACAGGAGAACACCAGCAGGAACCUCGGAGAGAGGCUCAAUGACAUCAGCUUCUGGAGAUCUGAGCUGCACCAUGAGAUUGACAACAUGGUAACAGAGAUAGCAGCACUAAAUGAGGUGAAAAGAAGACUGGAGAGAGCCCUCGCUGAGACAGAGGGGCCACUGCAGAUGUCUCAGGAAUGCUUGUUCCACCGAGAGAAGAGGAUGUCCAUUGACCUUGUUCAUGACGAUGUGGAAAAAGAUCUGAUCAAGGAAGUGGAGGUGAUAAAGUCGUGUCAGGAGAGAAUGAGGAGGAAUUUGGACAAAGCCAUUGCACAGCUAGCUUCAAAUCGAGCAUGCCAGCAUGAACUGGAAAGAGAUUUGAAUGACAAGGUCACAGCCCAGCGCAUUGACGACAGGUGUCACCAGAUGCGGAACACCUCGGACGGCAUCAGCUACUACAGAGGCAUUGAGCGCCUUGACCCAUUCCUGAGCUUACCUGAUUCCUGGUCAAAAUUCACGGAUGAUAACAUCCUCCACUCUCAGAGUGAGCGAGCUGCAUCCCAUAAACUCCGAGAUGAGAUCGAGGUGCUGCUCAACACCACUUCCAAUGAGAUGUGGAACCAGUUCAACACCGUCAAUGUAGCGUUCACCAACCGCAUUUCUGAGAUGGCUGAAGCCAAAAACAGCCUGCAGACUCAUUUGGCCAAGACCCUUCAGGAGAUCUUUCAGACUGAGAUGCUCAUUGAGGCCCUGAAAAAGGCCAUUCGUGAUAAGGAGAGCCCUCUAAAGGUGGCACAAACCCGUCUGGAGGAGAGAAUCCGCAGGCCCAAUGUAGAGCUCUGCAGAGAUAAUCCACAUCACAGGUUGGUGAUUGAGGUGAGGGAGAUUGAGGACACCAUUCACAAACUGAGGGAGAGGCUGAUGGAGGCUGAAAACACUCUGCAGAACCUAGUGAAGACCAAAGUGGCUCUGGAGCAUGACAUCUCAGUCAAGGCCAACUCCCUGUUCCUGGAUCAGGAGAAAUGCAUGAGCAUGCGGAAAAGCUUUCCCAGCACCCCACGCUUGGUGGGCUAUACUUAGAGCCUGCCUUUCCCCUCUCAUCUGGGUCCAAAUUUCCCAUUUAAGAAAUAAUAAGGUCCAUGUAAAGCAGAAAUAACAAUAUGUUAAUAUGUUCUGAGUUUGUCACAUCAUAGAAAAAUGUGUUAUUAGCCACUCAUUCAAAUUUGAGUGAUUACAAAAAUGGGCAAUUAUGUAAAAUUAGGUUUCAAAAUCAUAAAAAAAAAUCAUUCUCUGCUCUGCAAUUCUGGGAGGGGGCGUGGUGUCCACUGAAGAUGUUGAAACCAUGCCCAAUUGGAAAAGGGGCUGCCUCUCUUCAGCUUCAUGUUCACCAAAAUGUAACUGUUACACUAUUUAAGGUGGAACAGGAAAAUUCAAACAAGAAGCUGGCAAAUAGGAAGCCAACCUCAACUUCAUACUAACAUUAGCAUAUCUGUUAGCUUGCCAGGUUGAGCAGCAAAGCCUCUCUUCAAUUGAAAUGAAGCCAUGAUCAAAGCUUCAGCUGGCACAAACACACAGAGUUUGCUCUGUCUAGCAGCUUUAUUAUAUACAUUUACGGCAUUUGGCGGAUGCUCUUAUCCAAAGCGACUUACAAUUUGAUCAUUUUACACAAGUAGGCGAAGGUAGUGUUAGGAGUCUUGCCCAAGGACUCUUAUUGGUAUAGUAUAGGGAGCUUACCCAGGUGGGGGAUUGAACCCUAGUCUACAGCAUACACCACAUUAUCCGCACAGCCAUAGAAAGGACACUGACCAACCCAAGAAUCAACCUUGUUCCUUUCACUCUGCAAUGGUGUAAUGGCCAUUUUUUUUUCUCCUAUAUAUGCAAGUUAGAAAUAGAUAUUACUGACUAGUAUAAACUAGCCAAGUAAAGUUAGGCUGGGAGAAGCACUGAUGCUAAUGCAUUUUUAUAAUGUGUUUUUAUAAUGUUAUAGUGUUAGGGGAGGGGUCAUGCUGAGCAUGGCUCCAGUGCACUAUGAUUUAAGGCCUGCCUAAAUAAUCCUGAACACAAAAAUGGAGAAAGAGUUUAAAGAUCUAACUCCACAAUUCAGUAAUACAUUGUUCACAGUCUUCUCAUGAGUUUCAGCAAUUGGUUUCUAACACGUAUAAAGUGUUUAAAAACAAAUCUCCCAAUUUACUUUACAUGGACUUUACAUGGGUUUUUAAUAUGUAAAAACCUCACCAAAAACAAUGUAAUCAAUUCUGUUUAAAAGAAUAAGAGCCAGUUAGCACUACUGGUGUUUUGAAUAAAAUGAUCCCGUAAGGCAGUUGCAUCUGACUGUGCCUGCAAAGAAACAUUUACAGAAGCAAUUGACUGUAUUGAGAGAUUACCAAGUGACACUUGGAAUUUUGGUGGAAUUUGUUGAAAUUCUCCUUUCACAAGCUUAGAAUUAGCUUAUCAAAUGUAAUGUUAAGCUUAAAAAAAUUAAACAAAGUCCUUCAGAGUGGUUUGAUCAUCUAAUGAAAGUUACACAGGGAGUCUUUUUCAUGAUGGUGGCAAUAGGACCAGACCUCUGAGGAGUUGAAUGCCUCUUAAAGCUCCGUCAAAGAAGGCUAUUACAUUAUAUUGUUAUGAAUACUCUGCCUGAUUCCUGAGACCUUGUUUUGAGAGAGUUUUCAGAGAAGAUUAGCGACAAAAGCAUAAUCCAUUCAUGGAUUAAAAAAUAAGAAUAAUAAUAAAAAUCCAUUGAUGGUGGAGAAGUCGAGCAUUCUAAAGACAAAUAGUCCCCAAUUAACUGUUCAGAUUUAUUACUAUUUUACAUUCUCAACAUUUAAGUAUAACAAUUCAAUGAAUCCUUUGACAUCAAACAACUCUGGUGAAUUUUUUUUUUGCCUUCCAAUAAUUUAAUUAUGUGGAAAUGUUUAAAAAACUGUGGGAUUUCUCUUUAAGCAUAGCUUUGUUAUUUAAUUAUAUAUUUUAAGGCCCUUGAUUAUAACUAUAAAUUAUUCAGUAAAUGCUAUGAAACUAAUUUGUAAGGGUGGAUUUUACCCAUCGUCACGAGACUGGAAUUUGUCGAUUGAUUUACUUAAAUUAAGGUUAACAGCGCAGUGUGUAUAUGACAGCUAUGUGACUAAGACGUCUCCUUCUUACUGAAUUACUUGGCUUCUGACUUCUUUAUAAACAAGACAUGCACAAUAUCUACUACUGGUCCUGUAUUGGUUCUUCAGGGUUUUAUACAAGAGGCUACACUUCAGUAUGUAUAUAUAUAUAUAUAUCAUCCUUUAAA